AUGCACUCCUUGACACUACGGACCCAUGAAGUUUUGAAUCAGAAGUCGGCAACAAAACAGUUGGACAUUUCAGCAAAGAGUUUGAUUGUGAAGGAAAAGCAGGAUACUCCCGAUAUGACGGUCACUUCAGCGCUUCAAGUGCAAGAAGCCUUUCAGCGUCGUGGCAUAGCGCUGGUGUUCGCAGACCUCAUCACCCAUGAGAGCUACACCAGGACCAAUGUGAGUCAGCUCGCGAACGCUGACAAAUCUGUAUGGCAGAUGCUCCUGGAGGAGGGUGUGCGACCCAAAAGGGAUGAGACGGGGGUGCUUGCUUUGGAUUCAAAGCUGAUGGAGAGUCUCCAAAGCUAUCGCGAUGUUCGGAAGCAGCAGAUGGAUGGAGCAAAAUGCAGGUUAGUGCCCCAAGUGUUGCAAACUGCCAUCGAAAACAACUUUGGCACAGACGGGUUGCACUCCUUACCUUCAAGCAGGACUCAAUGGUUUGCAAAAUGGACUGAAAGAGCCAAGCAACUUCAGCAGCGAGAUAUGGAAAUCAAAAACGCACUUCCUGACCAUGCAGCCAAGAUUUUGGAAGCAAAGCGUUUAGCCUUGUUCAAAGAAAUUUUGGAAGACCUAGAGUAUCCCGAUGUAGGUGCGUUUGACGAGCUGGUUGACGGAACAGACCUUGUGGGUGAGGUAAAGCCUUUUGGAAUUUUUGAAAAAUCACUCAAGCCAGCGGAGAGAACAGUACAGCAGUUGAGAGAAGCCAGCAAAUCAGAACGAAUGCUCGAUUUCUUCAAAUGUUCUUCAUCGGGAGACAAAGAGAUUGACGACAUGGUAUACAGCAAAACAUUGGAGGAAGUUGAGUUUGGUUGGGCCACAGGGCCUUUGCAGCUGGAAGAUUUACCAGGAGACGCUGUGAUCAGCAGAAGAUUCGGCCUUCGACAGCCAGGCAAAAUCAGACUCAUAGAUGAUCUCAGCGCUAGUGGAAUUAACCAAACGGUGCAAACAGCAGAAUCGCCCAAACCACAUUCUGCAGAUUUCAUCGCAGCCAUGCUUUUAGCAGUGCUAAAGGUCAGCAAAGGUGUCAAAGCCCUUAAUCUCAUUUGGAGUUGCUUCUUUGACGACUAUGUGGUCUUCAGCCGUGAUGAGCAUGUGAACAAUGCGGAGCAGUCCGUAUCUCUUUUGUUUAAACUGCUUGGGUGGAAAUUUGCUGAAGAAGGGGACAAGGCGGAUACCUUUUGUAGAGAAUUUGGUGCGCUGGGCAUUCGCAUCAUCCUGGACGAAGCAGACAAAGGACCCAACGGAAAACAGGCAGCAUACGUUUCAGUGGCAUUGAGCAAUGAACAGAUGGAGCUUUUAGGAUCUGAAACAAAGAAGACGAUAAUUUUCGAAGCGGAGCUUUUGGCAUUGGUGCUCGCUUUUUCAAUCUGGCGCGAGUACAUUGCAGUGAUAAAACAGAAUCCAGAGAAAGAGUUUGCCUAUUCAGCUCGCAAGUCAGUGCUUGCUGACUUCAUGGAGUUCUUGGCUACUGCGGGUGACUCAGAACGUGGCCUAGCAAACGAAAUUCUUGGAAUGAUAGAUGACUUGUCAUCUGAUGAGGAUUCACCCACACGCAAUGAUGAUGAACCUGAAGAAGAACGACGCCAGCGUGAGAGAGCUGGACACAGUGCAUUGAUUGCACGGCAGAGCGCUAUGUCCAUGCAGUUGGCAGGUUGCAGUUCAGGACCUGGAGAUGUGCAUGGAGGCUGUAUGGAAGUCUCAUGGUUUGGCAUUGAAUUUCUGACCCUGUGGACGCUUCUACUUGGAGCAUAUUCAUGGUGGACGCUUCGCAAUCCGAACUUCGAGUUCAUUCGCACACAAGCCCCCCGAUCGAGCCGAGUAUGCAAUGCAGCCUGCAACUGGACCCACGUGACUUCAGAGGAUAUCUCCCUGGAAUCCCUGGUCACGUGGAGUCACCUGGGUAGAAGUCAUGUUGAAGCCUAUGGCCACUACAUCAAGCUCCUCUACCUUCAGGGCAUCGAGACAAACGGCCUCAUGCAAUGUUUCAGUGAAGCAUUCAGUAUGCCAGAACCUCGACAAGAUGAUGGAGACUCAGACGAGUCAAUACCUGAGGAAACCCACCCCAACCGAUGGACCGAGAGAGUUCUAGCAACCUGAGAGAGGCAGGCAGCACAUAAAACAAUUGGUGCUGCAGGCAUGAGGUUCUGCAGUAUGGCUUUUAUUGCCAAUUUUCACACCGUUCCACAGAAGCUACGGCAUCAAUGGAUUUACAACAAUCCUGACGAACAUAGCGAUAUAGCACCAAAGGUGCAUAUCGAGGC